GCACAAGGUACUCUACGAAAAAAUCAACACCAACUAGUGUUGUUUCUGCGCUCUCACGCAUCUCCGCCUUCUGCGGACCACUACAUAAAUCGCACGCCUGAGACGCCUUUACAGGCCGGAGGAAAUGGCGGCCAUUCCAUUUAGCGAGGAAGACCUGCACGAGCUCUACACGUGGGUGGACGAGAUCCCGAUCUCCCGGUCGAAGCGUAACAUCGCCCGCGACUUUGCCGAUGGCUGCUCCGUUGCGGAGAUUCUCAAGUUUUUCUUCCCCAAACUGGUUGACCUGCACAACUACGUGCCGGCCAUGUCGCACGAGAAGAAGCUAGACAACUGGAACACCCUCAACGCGAAGGUGCUGCGCAAACUGUACUUUGAGGUGCCAGCAGAGGAGGUGGAAGACAUCGUCUCCGCGGUGCCCGGCGCGAUUGAGCGCUUUCUCCGUGCGCUGCGCAUGAAAAUAGCCCAGAUUAAGCAGCGGCGUGAGGAGAUGCGUGCGGCGAAUGAGCUGCAGACCUAUGAGCAGGCGCACUUCAUUGACUACCCCACGUCUGCGAAUGGCAGUGCGAGGGGAAGCCGUGGCCCAUCGGCCGCCGCUCCUGCUCCUCAGGCGCCUCCUGCGCCGCCGCCGCCGCCUUCCGCUGGAACGCCGCCAGCACGAUCGAGCGAGGAGGUGAAGAACCUCAGUCAUCUAGUACGGGAAAAGGACUACACCAUUCAAGAACUGCGUGAAACGGUAUCCAUUCUGUCGGAGAAGAUUGUGAAGCUAGAGGAACUGGUGCGAGUGAAGGACGAGAAGCUGACGCAGUACCGCGAAAAAUUCGGCCGCAUGCCGGCGUAG